GGCGCGAUGACUCCCCUGAGAAUGUGUCUACGUUUCCACUACAACUGACCUAGUUAUCUAGUUGAUUUGUGAAUCACCAACCUGAGGCGGAAACAUCCCGUGACUGCUGAUGCCAGUGGAAACUGACGCUAAACCAGCUUCGGCAGCCUCAUCUCCAUAGGUCAUCGCUGACGACUACGCCUCACUGGAUACAUGCCUGCCCACCUAGGUAGUAAUCACCUAUCAAUCUAUCUACUGGUUUGUGACAACUUUUACAGCUGUCACCGCUGUUUUCGCGACUUCUUCAUCCUUAUCAAACACCCUUGUCAGGAUUGGAUUCCGUGCAGUAGGGCCUGCGUACUUUAGGCAACCUUGACUUGAUUUCCUACCCUGGUCCUCCGCGCUGCCGACCAUACCGCCUAACGCGAGCUGACAUUCUUCGCUCAGCGUUUGAUAGCCGGUGUCCGUGUGUGAAGUACCUGCAAGAAGACCUGAUCACAUAAAUUUGGGCUCGCCAACCAUGUCUGACUCAACAAGCGCCAACGCCCCCAAGCCGAGCAGCAGCGUCAAGCUCGUGCUGCUGGGUGAAGCCGCUGUUGGAAAGUCAUCACUCGUCUUGCGAUUUGUCAACAACGAUUUUCAGGAGAAUAAAGAGCCUACCAUUGGAGCCGCCUUCCUGACGCAGAAAUGUUCCCUGCCUACCCGCACCAUCAAGUUCGAAAUCUGGGACACAGCCGGCCAGGAACGCUUUGCUUCGCUCGCCCCGAUGUACUACCGUAACGCCCAGGCGGCGCUGGUAGUCUACGAUGUCACAAAACCGUCCUCCCUCACCAAGGCAAAACACUGGGUUGCCGAGCUUCAACGUCAAGCUAGCCCCGGGAUCGUGAUUGCCCUUGUUGGCAAUAAGCUGGAUCUCACGAGCGAUGGCGGGGAGGCCGCUGAGCAACCACAAGCCAAUGAUGAGCACGAAUCAUCUGGCGCUGAAGGCGAGGACGCUACCGGCGAUAACCAUGAGGAGCAGGAAGCUACCCCGGGAGAUGCCCGGAAGGUCUCGACACGGGAGGCUAGUGCCUAUGCGGAGGAAGAGAGCCUUUUGUUUUUCGAAACCAGUGCCAAGACCGGCACGAAUGUCGCUGAGGUCUUUACUGCGAUCGCCAAUGCUAUUCCUGAAAGCAGCUUGAAGAGUGGACGGGGUGCCGGUGCGGGAACCGGUCAAACUGCCCUGGGUGCUGGACGUCCCGCGGACGAUACAAGAGUCAAUCUUGGAGAUCGAGCCGCUGCUACAGCCAAGGAAGGUUGCGCCUGUUAAAUUGAUUCUUCUCUGUCCGCAUUUUCUUCUUUCCCUGAAUACGCAUAUGCUGUAAGCGCCAUAGCUUCAGAGAUUAGUGCGCCUUGGAACAGGAUCGGCCUGGUUCCAAUGCAUGCAACCUGUCCUAAUAGUUCAAGGCGUGUUCUUUUAUUUCCCGCAUUACUCUGUGACUGCUUGGGACUCUUUCUCUUUUCUACUCUUGUUCAUCUUCCGAAUGUCUUGCCCUGCUGUGACUUCCUAUUGAUCCCCAGUGCGUUUUGAGCCAGUUGAACCUGAUUCUGAAACGUUGUAUUUUCUAGCCGAAUGUGGAUAUUGUGACAGUCCACCUGUUGAGCUGUA